UGUCCUGUCAUGUGAUGAAGUCACUUCCUACUGAUUUGGUGAGGAGCAGAGACACUCUGCUGUAUCAUGUCGUCUUAGUUAGGCUCCACAGACGUUACCCGGUACAGUAACCAUGAUGUUUGGGUAUAAAUGUUCUCGCUUCGAGCCUCUGAAGCUGGCUCUGUGGUUCGCGGCCUUUCUAGGCUGUUUGUUGGUUCGGUCCGGAACGACGGAGAACAACAGCCCGUGGUACCAGGACCUCUGCAGAUAUAAAUGGGAGGCAAUAGAUCAAGAUAAUAAAGUGAGAUAUACACUUAAACUCUGUGACUCUUCACCACCAACCAGCUGUGGAGCUGACACUGCCAUGUGUUUACGAAACCUCACAACCAACAAAGAGCAGUCUGUUGGUGACCUUUCGCUGCAGAAGCUCUCUGACACUGUGCUGGAUUUCAACAGCACGCAAACUUGUCCUGGAAGCAACAACAAGAUUCAGACCAGCAUCAGCUUCCAGUGUGGGAAAACCAUGGGGACUCCAGAGUUUGUGACCGUGUCUCAGUGCGUGCAUUACUUUGAGUGGAAGACCUACGCUGCCUGCAAGAAAGACAAAUUCAAGCCACAUAAAGAGGUGCCCUGCUACGUGUUUGACUCUGAUGGGAGGAAGCAUGACCUCAGUCCUCUGAUAAAACUGAAAGAUGGCUAUCUAGUGGACGAUGGCGAAGACAGCAUAGACUUCUACAUCAACAUCUGCCGCAGUCUCAACCUACCAGACAAAGGCUGUACAGAGGGCUCUGCAGCCUGCCUCAUCACCCAUGAUGGCUCAUACAACAUGGGUUUUCCUACCCAGCAGCUAGAGCUAAUGACUGAUGACAGCUUGAGUUUACAGUAUUCUUUAAGUGACGACUCGAAUCCUCCAGCAAUCUGUGGAUCAAGCAAACCAGCAGUCAACAUCACCUUCAGAUGCCCAUCAAGCAGGCAUUUGGGCAACACUCCUACGAUGAUAGCUAAGCCAAACUGCCAUUACGAGGUGGAGUGGGUCACUGAAUACGCUUGUCACAGAGACUAUCUGGAGAGCCAUACCUGCAAACUGACCAGCGAACAGCACGACAUCUCCAUAGACCUAACUCCUCUCACUUUAGCCUCUUCGGAUCAUCCAUACUAUACACAGUCUGGGCCCAGUGGCACACCUGACAGCUACAUCUACUACCUGAACAUAUGUGGUAGGGUUCCCACUCAGGAAUGUGGUGACGGGCCAUUCAUAUCGUCCUGCCAGGUGAAGAAUGGCGAAGGAAGGAAGAUUGUGGCUGGAAAAUAUCAGAACCAGACACUACGUUAUUCAGAUGGAGAUCUGACUCUGAUCUAUCCAAAUGGCCUCAAAUGCUCCUCUGGCUUUGAGAGAAUGACCAUCAUCAACUUUCAGUGCAACAAGACUGCUUCCCACGGCGGGCGAGGGAAUCCAGAGUUUGCUGGGGAAACAGACUGCACUUAUUAUUUUAACUGGGAUACGGCGUUUGCCUGCGUCAAAGAGAAGGAGGAUCUGUUAUGUCGGGUCACAGAUGGCAACAAGCGUUAUGACCUUUCACCCCUCACAAGAUACCCAGAGUCAGAGGGCAGUGAGAACUGGGAGGUGGUGGAUGAUAAAUCGUCAAAGUCAGACUCACGUUACUACCUGAAUGUUUGCCACAAAGUCAUCCCUACAGGAAGGGCAGCUGGUUGUCCAGUGGAUGCCGCCAUGUGUGCCGUGGAUAAGAAUAACAGAACUAUCAGCCUGGGAAGCUUCCUCUCUUCUCCCCAGAAAACCAAAACUGGAAACGACAUCAGGCUGGUGUAUACUGAUGGAAGUUUUUGCACCCAAAACAAGACAAGGAUCAAAACUAUCCUGACUCUCAAGUGCAAACCAGGAGAUCUCGAUAGUGCUCCUGUCCGCUUCUCUUUCGACUUGUCGCCCCUCUCCAAGCCUCAUGGUGGCUUUUACAACCUGACUAAAGGCAUCUAUCAGUAUUACAUCAACGUCUGUGGUCCAGUCAGUGUUUCGUCGUGUCCUGAGAAGGCCGGCGCAUGCCAGGUGGAAAAGAAUUUUUGGAGUCUUGGGGAACAGAACUCCCGUCUGUCGUACUACGAUGGGCUGAUUCAGCUAAACUACAGUAACGGCACCCCAUACAACAACGAAGAGCACACUCCCAGAUCUACGCUCAUCUCUUUCCUCUGUGACCCACAGAUUGGACCAGGAAACCCAGAAUUCCAGGUAGAAGACAAGUACACGUACAACUUCCGCUGGUAUACCUCCUACGCGUGCCCCGAAAGGCCUCAUGAGUGUUUGGUGACCGAUCCAGACACACUGGAACAGUAUGACUUAUCCAGCCUGUCACACACCACCUCCAACUGGCAGGUGAUGGACUUAUCCGACAGCAAUAAUCUGAAGAAGUAUUACAUCAACGUAUGUCGCCCCAUCAGCCCUGUACAUGGCUGCGACCGUGAUGCCUCCAUCUGUGAGAUGAAAUAUGUGACCAAACAGGGCUCUGUAGAGGAGGUGGUGUCAGUCAGUAACAUGGGCAUUUCAAAGCGAGGGCCGAUCAUCGAAGCACGGGACCGCCUUAUGCUGGAGUUCACAGAUGGCUCUGCCUGUGAUUCGGACGGUCAGAAACUCUCGUAUACAACGCGCAUUCACCUGGUCUGCUCCAGAGGGACUCUCGUUAAGGGACCGCGAUUCCUGAUGUACCAGAACUGCACUGCCACCUUUAUGUGGGAGACCAAUGCAGCCUGUGCCAUCAGAACCAUCACAAACAAUACAUGUGCUGUGGUGGACCCCAACACUGGCUUUGAGUACAACCUAAUGCCUUUGGCUUCCAAGACUGGAUACAAUACAAGUGGGAAUGGCAAGAAAUUCCUGGUAAACAUCUGCUCAGAUGUAGCUGAAUGUGGUCAGGGAAUGGCCGGCUGUGAGCUGGAGAACGAGCACCCCAUCAGCCCUGUGGGGGUGGAGAAGACCCUCCAGUAUUCAACUGACGGCAUCCUCCAACUAACAUACAAGGGACCUGUUGACGUUCCAACAGCAACUCGGGACACCUUCCGGAUUAAUUUUGUGUGUGAUCCAAAGUCUUACCCUGGAUCCUUAAAACUGGUGCGAGAGGACAUGAGUACUUCACCUAACCAUGUGGUCCAUGACGUCCUCUUUGAGUUCUCCACCGCUUUGGCCUGCAUGCCUGCUCCAGUUGACUGCAGGAUCACAGAUUUACAUGGUAAUGAGUAUGACCUGAGUCACCUGAUCCGGGAUGAAGAUGACUACCCGUGGAAUCCCAUAAACACAGAUUCCGGCACAUCAAGGAGGUUUUAUAUCAACGUCUGCAAACCCCUCCCACGUGUAGAUGAGUGUCCAGUGGGCUUUUUGGGAUCCUGCGUUGUCAUUGAUGGCAAAGGAUACAACCUGGGAUACAUCCAGUCCAGCCCACAGGCAGCAGAAGAUGGCUCCAUCAGCGUGGUGUACCAGAAUGGAGACAAAUGCGGGUCUUCGUCCCAGUACUCAACUCGCAUCAUCUUUCAGUGUGAUGAAAACCCGGGCUCUCCCAUGUUUGACCGUAUAGAUGGUUGUGAAUAUGUCUUCAUCUGGCGGACGUCCGAGGCCUGCCCUAUCAGGAAGUCACAAGGUGCUGACUGUCGAGUUCGUGACCCUAAGAGUGGCUAUGAAUUUGAUCUGAGCUCUCUGAAGGGUAGAGAUUACUCCCUAAAUGCUGCACAGUACACUUACUAUCUUUCAAUCUGCGGCGGACUCAAAAGAGAUGUUUGCACCCACAAAAACACAGAAGGUGAAACUGUCUCCUCCUGCCAAGUUGCCGGAGGAAAACACAAGAUCGCAGGAAUGGCAAACCAGGUGCUAACUUAUGUUGGAGACCAGAUCAUCCUGAACUACACCAGUGGAGAGAUCUGCCAUAAAGUUUAUGAGAGGUCUACCAAUAUCUACUUCUCCUGCAACCCUGACAGGAAUCCUGGAGAACCGGAGUAUAUUAGGGAGACUCCAGACUGCACCUAUUUGUUCAACUGGCCCACUGCACUGGCUUGUGUCCCAGUCAAGACCACCAGCUGCUCUUACAAUGAUGAUCAUGGUCACUCGUACGACCUCUCACCUCUGGCUAUGGACUCUGGGAACUGGGAGGCGGAACUUCCCACUGGGGACACGAAUAAACAGUAUUACAUUAACGUCUGUAGGUCGCUGGUGAAGCAGAAAGACCCAUGGAAGUGUCCCUCCACUGCAGCGUCAUGCCUGAAGGUUGGAGAUAAAUAUUUGAGUCUGGGUCAGGUCCAUUCUGGUCCUACGUGGGACGGAAAUGUCCUAAUGCUGCAGUACACCAGCGGCCAGGCUUGUCCAGAUGGAAGCCGCAACAGGACCAGUAUCAUCCGCUUCCAGUGUGACAAAAACAAAGUGAACUCUCGGCCUACUCUGAUCUCUGACAUUGAAGACUGUGUGUACACCUUCAUGUGGAAAACAGCUUCUGCCUGCCCUCUAAAUAGUGUCCAGCACGACAACUGCAGAGUCACCAACCCUGCUACAGGUCAUUUAUUUGACCUGAACCCCUUGAAGAAGGAUGAGGGUUACACUGUGCACCAUCAUAAGGACCAGAAGAUGGUGUUCCGCAUGAACAUCUGUGGAUCUGUGGCCAACACUGGUUGCAGCCCUGACACUGCUGUGUGCAUUAAGGAAGGCAGUGAUGUGGUCAGUGGUGGUAAGGUGAGCAAUAAGCUCUCAUACAAGGACCAUGUUCUGGAGCUCACCUAUGAAGAAGGAAGUCCAUGCCCUGCGAACAGUAGCCUCACCCACAGCACCGUCAUCAGCUUCAUCUGCAGGCCAGCUAGCAUGAGCUCAGCCCCCUCAGAGCCAGUGCUGAUUGGCUCAAACACUGAAACGUGCACGCACUUCUUCGCCUUCCACACACCGUUGGUUUGUGAGCAGCCUGUAACUUGUUCAGUCCAGAACGGCUCUGCUCUCAUAGACCUGACUCCUCUGAUUCAUGUCAGCGGAUACUACACAGCAGCAGACGACGACAUUGACCCGGAUAACCAAGUCUUCUACGUCAACAUCUGCCAGCCUCUAAACCCCAUCCCUGGGGUCAACUGCCCACCUGGAGCCGCUAUCUGCAUGGAUCCAUAUGACAGACCACCUGUGGAAAUUGGUCGCACCACCCGUGGUCCAGAGCUCAACAAAUUAACAAGGGAGGUAUCCAUCACCUACAACAGCUCAACAAAGUGUGCUUUGGACCCUCUACAGAACUACACUUCAACCAUUGUCUUUACCUGCCGGAGAGGCCUGGAGCUGGGCUCUCCGCAAAUGCUGAGGCUGCAGGGCUGCGUCUAUUUCUUUGAGUGGGCAACCCCGAUAGUCUGUUCAGAUGCCACUAACAUCAGCGGCUGCCAGCUUACUGACUCUCAGCUCCAGUUUACAUUUGACCUGACCAAGCUCCCCAAGGAAGUCCAGGUAAAAGGGAACUCGGGUAUGUAUUACAUCAAAGUCUGCGGCUCAAUGAAAGAACCGGCCUGUAAGCAGAGUGCAGUGUGCCACGUUUCUGGUUCAGACAAGUUGGCGUCAUCAUUUGGCAUCAGUAAAGCCAUGACAAUGGACUUCAAACACGAAGAGCAGGCUGUGCUGAUGCAGUAUGGUGGAGGAGAUCCCUGCGCACCAGUGACCACGGAGGGUGAGGUCUGUGUGUUUCCAUUCAUUCUCAUGAAGAAGACUUACACAGAAAGCACCAAAGAUGGUUUGACAACCGGCAGGUUGUGGUGUGCCACCACUUCCAACUAUGACGAUAGGAAGUGGGGAUUCUGCAGUGCAGGCUCGGCUCAGCGUCAGUCCUCCAUAUUGUUUACAUGCGACCAUUCUGUAGGAAGUGGUUCUCCAGAGCUGCUCUCAGAGACAGCAGGUUGUACAGUCACUUUCCAGUGGCGCACCAAUGCAGUUUGUACCCCAAGGAAGAUGGAGUGUAAGCUCGUCAGCCAGCACAAGACCUUUGACCUCCGAGCACUUUCCUCCCUCACUGAGCCGUGGAAGUUCAGCUACAAAGGAGAUUCGUAUUUCAUCAACCUGUGUCAGGGUAUCCGUGGUGGGCUGCCAGGCUGUCCUGAAGAUGCAGCCGUAUGCCGCCGCACAGCUGCAGGAAAAACCGAAACCCUGGGCCGAGUUUACACGCAGAAAAUGGAGUCCAGUGGUGGGAAGAUUUUUGUGAACUAUUCAGCAGGAGAUGAAUUAUGCCCUAAACGCCAGAAAGCCAAGACCAUAAUCCAGCUGAGCUGCGGCUCCACAGUGGGACACCCCAAAGUUAUCAGGGUUGAUGAGGGUUCAUGUGAGUUCUUGAUAGGCUGGGAGACUCUGGAAGCUUGUGCAGUGAAACCAACGGAGGUACAGAUGGUAAAUGGAACCAUAAAGGUUCCUAAAACUGGAGUCAGCUUCAGUCUGGGAGCGCUCUACUUCAGCCACCAUCAGGCGUCUGGAGACAUUCGUAACAAUGGCGACCGCUACAUCUACCACAUCCAGUUGUCUGGUAUCACCAAUAAUUCCCUGCCUAAAUGUCUUGGUGCCAACAUCUGCCAGGUGAAACAGAAUGACACCUACAGCCGCAAGAUUGGCUCAUCCAACAAAGCCAAGUACUACAUAAAAGGAGGAAAUGUGGAUGUGAUAGUGCCUUCUGAGUCAGAGUGUGGCCGCGCGAAGAACAAAACGGUUUCAUCCACAAUAAGGUUUCACUGUAACCCGUCAGCAGGUGUCGGCAUCCCGGAGUUUAUGCUGGAGACGGACAAUUGCCAGUAUCUGUUUGUGUGGCACACAAAUGCUGUGUGUGAUCUGAUGACUGUUGACAGGCAGAUAAAUGAUGACGGUGAAGAGACUCCGCCCCUGUCUAGGCGGAGCCAAGCAAUGGGGGUGGUGCUGAGCCUCCUGUUGGUGGUUCUAAUUGUGUGUCUGAUGGGGCUUCUGCUGCACAAGAGAGAGAGGAGGGAACUGGUGAGGCAGAAGAUCGCUGGUUGUUGUAGGAGAGGAAACCAAGUCUCCUAUAAAUAUUCCAAGGUCAGCACAGAUGAAGAAGGAGGAGAGGAGGAGAUGGAAUGGCUGAUGGAGGAGAUCGAUGCUCCUCCCACAUCUUCAUCGUCUUUGCACCGUGGCAAGAAUAACCAAAGCAACGGUCACAUCACGACCAAGCCGGUGAAUACAGAGGGUCUGCGGUCGUUCUCGCUGGACGAUCAGGAUGACGACAGCGAGGACGAGGUGCUGAGUGUCCCCGGGGUACGUGUGAUAAAAUCGUCAGGACUCGCUAAGCACUCUACGGCUCAUCGCAGCGCCUUCUUGCAAGAGGAGAGCGACGAGGACCUGGUGGGCCUCCUGGACGAGUCAGAUAGGAAAAGGAAGAGCAGCAAACCUCGCUCUUCUGGCCUUAACCACGGUAACAACACGGCAGCGAACAGGAAACGGGAAGAAGACGACAGUGACGAGGACCUCCUCAGGGUGUGAUGUCACUCUGUCCUUCCUGGUUCUCUCCAUCCAAUCCGAACUCUUCUCUCUCAGUGAAUGUCUCCAUAAUAGCAACAGUGAAAUGCCAACAACACACCGAAGACAGAAACCUUUCCUUUCUUUAGGGAUAUAUUUUUAUUGGGCUGCACCUUCAUUCAGCCUACACCGACUCAGUCCAGUUCACCGUCCACAUAUAAUGUUUAUUUGACAGCUCAUUUAAAGUGUUCUUAAGGUUCUUUUGAACUCCACCAUAUUGUCUUUCAUAAUCCCGAUACUUCAGCCUUGCCACAUUUGUCUGAUGAAGAACGAACAGGCCAGUUGAGGCUCUUAAAAUCGACUCUGGGAGCACACAAAGCUUCUUUCUAAUGUGAUUUCCAGCUUGAUGUGUCAACUAGACAUGUCACCAUAACCAUAUGCACCAAACAGUAAACAAUGAUACCACAACACUAUCAUUACAAGAAGGGAAAAUCUGAUAUCAUCACUGAAAUGAGGCAUGAUAAGAUGUGAAUGAAAAUUAAGUUAUAUAUGUAUCUUCUAUUUUCUUCUGGUGUUUUGAACUGAAGCUGUUUACCUACCUUGAUUAAUGGUACUAACACUGGUUGCGUGUCUGCUUGUGGACGGGGUGAAGGUAUUUAAUAAGGAAGACUUUUUUCCGUUUGGAGUUGUUUUUUUGCUGUCCAUUGGCCCACAGGUACUUUAUGAAAAACUGUCAUGAUUAUUUAUUCCCAUAGCUUAGGCAGUGAAGGUGCCAGCUUCUUUCUAAAAAAGGGAAUGAAGACACCAGUUUGUCUUUUCGUGCUGUUUACAGUUGCUUUUAUAGCAGACCCAUUUUCCCCUUCUUUGCCCUCAAAAAGAAAGCACGAUGCCUUCAUACUGAUGAAUUUACUUUGCAUUUUCAUCUAUGAAUCAUGUCCAGCAACGGAUUGAAUUUCUUUGUUUGUCUUGAUUUGAUCAGAGACGUUGUAAAUAGAUGAUAAUGUUCUAUAAUAUGGACGUUUCGUUUAUAGUCUUCACCAGUGAAUUGUUCACACGUUUGUUUUGGUGAUUAUUUAACGGCUCGUCCGAGCUGAUUACGUUUGUUUCUCUGUUCUGUGUGAAAAUGGAGAUGGCCUUAAGUAUGAAUGGAUGGUUGAAGAAAGUUGAAAGUGAAACUGAUUUGGUCCCCUCCCCUCCUGUUAAAGCCAUAUUUCUACUGCCACCCUUGGCACUAAUGUAGGGAAAUCGAUUUUUUUUUUUUUUUCUUUUUCUUGCUCGUGUGCUCUUGUACUUUACAGGCUCGGUUGUUGUACUCAGAUCCGAUUGCUGCGUGAAAAGUGAAGCCAACUUUUUGUAGUGCUGAAAUCUGCCCAGUUCAGCCAAAUGCAUGAUGCAAAAGAUGGUAGUGAAACUAAAAUGCAGGAUGUUGAGCAAUAUAGGUUUUGCUUUUUCACAGAGGAUGUCAGUAAUAAUGGAAACCUACUUUAUGCCAUAUUUCCACAUGACAGUAAUUAAAUCUGUAAGCUUGCACAGUGUAAA